AUGAACAUGAAGGAGAACGAACGUCUAGACACAUUAUUAAAUAGAACAUCACACAAUAUAAUAACGACAUCGUCGUCGUACAAAGUUAGAUCGGACAACAAUCAGACAUCGCAUAGACACAAAAGGAUUAUUAUAGAUGAUAUAGCCAAUGGAACAGAACGAUUUUGUGUUCCUGUAGUUAAUGAGAUAGAUGAUACUCAGCCACCCGAAUUCGUGUACACAACUCGAGUUGUUGAUAAUCACGGAAUCCUCAAAUCUGCUACAGCUGCCUAUCCUCUAGCAUGUUUCUGUAAGGAUCAAUGUGACUUAGAUUGUGCAUGCAAUUCUGAAGUCUAUAACUCACACGGCUGGGCCAGAGAGGAUAUGCUAGAUGGUCCAUUCUUAGAGUGUGGCUCGGAUUGUCAUUGUAGCAUGCAAUGCGGAAACCGCGUAGCACAGAAAGGCUCAAAGUACAGAGUUGAAAUUUUUCGGACUAAUGAUAGCAGAGGAUGGGGCGUAAGAGCUUUAAGUAAAAUACCAGCUGGAGCAUUUCUCGGAGAAUACACAGGCGAGCUUCUGCAUGAUGCUGAAGCGAAUCGGCGGAUAGAUUCUUAUUUGUUCGAAACGACAGUGGGAGAAAAUACAUAUACUGUUGAUGCUCGUCUCUUCGGGAAUUUCACUAGGUUUAUCAAUCAUAGCUGCGAACCGAACUCGAAGGUGUGUAUGGUCGUUUGGGAUUGGCAUAAUGAUCAAUUGAAUCAUAUUUGUGUAUUCGCUUCUCGCACGAUCGCACGAGGUGAAGAAAUAACUAUAUCGUAUGGCGAUCAUUGGUGGAGAACAAAGAUAUACGAACAUUCAUGCUUAUGUAAAGAAAAACUAUGUCGCUUCAAUGAAUCCGUUCGAGCCACGAUAUUACGUUCGAAUGGAGGAGAGAACUCCGUUGGUGAUACUGCUAGUGAAGACAAUUAUUCAGAGGAUAGUGGACAAUCCUUUUGGUUUGCUCUCUUUGUCCUAGCCAUCCAGCUUGUGGAUGGUGAAGUGGGCGGAGAGUCUCCUGAAUUAGCCAACGAGAAAAGAUUACGUGAGGUCUAUAUACCCUUAUGUGAAGCCGAAACUUCAAGAAGCAUGUAUUGCAGCCUAGUGAAAACAGCCUCAGUGAUAUUGUGUCUGUUCCAGUUAUUCUCGUAUGGAACAUGUGCUUUGCCAGGAGGUGAUUGUGUGGAGCCGUGUAUUAAUGAUAUGCAAAGGUCGCUUGAGGAGACUCCGAUGCUCAAGCAUGAACAUCUGGGACAGCUCUCUUUUACCCAGCUCAUCGGAGCCUCGCAGGAUAAGCAUGUGACUGAAAGAAGUUUUACAGCUAUUUGCGAAGCUUAUAUAAAUGUGGAUCGUUGCUUGGAGCAGUGUGAAAAGACGUCCGAGAAUUCAGGCAGAAUACGACAGACUUAUGCUGGCAUCAGAUUUAUUUGCGUGGAGCAUCGGAAAGAGUUCUUCGAUUCUCUUCCUUGCCUAGCUCAGCAUGAAGCGACUGCCAUGGAGCAAUGUCGGAACCAGAUCAACGAGUCACUCGUGGCAAGUAAUCGUUUCUCGAUGACCGUUAUGAGAAAAGAACAUCAUAAUCUACGAAACCACUUUGAGACUCUCUGCAGGAAAUUGGGAGAUAUGAUUGAGUGUGUUGAACCUAUAACACGACGUGGAUGUGGAGAGCAAGCAGCUCUCAUGAUGCUGAGAUUCAUAACGGUUGGCUUUAGUAGUUUUGAACAGCUUUACUCGCAGCUAGGAAUAAGCGACCAGCUGCCUUCUUCUUGCCGCUCGUUACUAUCGCUCAAAUCACGUAGAAUCGCUACAGAUCGUAGAGUGAAUCAUGUCCAACGCUUCUCAGAGUACUCUGUGAGCUCAUCUCAUAAAAUAUCCAUGAUCAUAUUAGGAUGUCUAAUGCUCAUCGUUACCUCUAAUUGA